AUGUUUACCGUGAAAAAAAUAUUUGUGCUGGUGUGCCUUUUAGGCCUUUUAAAUUUGUUUCUAAUUUACAAAAGUUGGUUCGAUUUUGGCGAAACUGAGUACGAAACCAAAUUCCCCUCAUGGUUUCCAGAAAGACGCUAUUUGAUCGAAACAGAAAAAUGCAAAAUUUUGGACUUUCAACCCUUGGAAGACCACAAACGGGUGAAACCCAAAUCUUGUGGCCCUUCCGACCUUUUGACUUAUGUCACGGUCGAUAAUAACACGGCCACUCUUCAUAUCAAUGAGAAACUUGCCAAAAAAUACCGCAAUUUUGACUGUUUCUACCGGGAUAUUGGAAAUUUUGAUGUUCCACUCAAACUUCCUGCGUUUACGCCGUUCAAAAGUCGGGUCAAAAUUGAUUUCGACUACGUUUUUGUCAAGUGUUUGAGGAGGAAAAGGGUUUUUUACUCAAACACACAUGCGCCAAUAAUCUUGAAAGAAGACAUAAUCAAAAGACAAAAAUUGAUGAAAAACCCAAGUGAGGCUUUCAGUGUGUUAAUUAUAGGAAUUGAUAACAUGUCACGCUUGAAUUUCCUUCAAUUCCUCCCAGAAACUCGGUUACUUCUCAAGGAAAACAAUUGGAUUUCCUUGAAGGGUUACAAUAAGGUUGCUGGUGACACCCAUCCUAACCUUAUGGCCCUUUUGGCCGGCUUAGAUAACCCCAAAGUGGAGGAAAAAUGUCGCAGAAGCCUAAUUAGUUGCCCUUUGGUUUUGUUCGACUACCAAAACCACGGUUAUGCCACGGCUUAUGCCAGAGACGAACCCAGGAUGGACAACUACCCUAACCCUCCCAUUGAUUACCAUUUCUGGCCCUAUUUCCGCGUCAACGAAAAGCUUAAAACCCGGAAAAUCGACAAUUUCUGCACGGGCCCGGAAAGUAGCAGUGAACGAGUCCUAAACUUGGCCAAAAAUUUUGCCAAAACCCUCCAAAACCGUCCCAGUUUUGGUGUAUUCUGGAUGAACGGUUUUACUAAAAAUAAUCUCAAUUUGGACUCGAAAAUCCGAGAUUUUUUCGUAAAUAUUAGCCAUUCCGGGAUUUUGAAAAACACCUUCGUGUUUUUUUUGAGUGACUACGGGUUCCAUGUGGGCCCUUUUCGCCACACUCACAUGAGUUGGCUCGAGGAGAGACUACCGUUUAACUAUAUUUGGGUUCCGGUGAAAUUCCGGAUCAAGUUUCGUCGACAAUAUCACAAUCUUGAAUUUAACAUAGAUCAAUUGACUUCGCCAUAUCAUCUCUAUAUGACCCUUCAGGACAUUCUAGUCUUGUCAAAACAAGGUUAUGAGAUAAAACCGAGUCAAGGGUGUUCCAAGUGUCAAUCUUUGUUUGAAAAUUUUGAAGAUAGAUCUUGUCAAGAUGCAGGAAUUGAAGCAAAGUGGUGCACUUGUAAUACUUAUACGGCAAUUCCAAGAGAGGCAAAUCUUGUGGUAAUUGCCUCAGAGUACGUCCUACGAUACAUCCAUACCAUUAUUUUUGACCAUAAUGGUGAGAAAAACUGUUUGAGAUACACAAUAGCAAAAAUCAUCUCAGCGGGGAUUUCAGAUGACCACAGACACAUUUUAUUGAUUUUGGAAACUAAUCCAAAAGCUGUUUUUGAAACCACUGUGUUGUAUCAGCCGGGAAGUAAGCAAACUUUUAGUGUCAAGGGCGAAAUUAGUAGACUUGACAGAUACGCCAAGCACAGUUACUGUACCAGCAAUCGUUUGUUAAGAAAACUAUGUUAUUGUCGUUGAUGUUUUUUUUGUCAUUGUCAAAUGUCAAAAAUAUAACAUGUUUAGCCUGUUUUCAAUGUCAAAAAUUUGUGUUCUAGUCUUGCUUUUGAGUAUUUCAGUCUUAUAUUUGCUUUACUUUAGUCGCUCCAGCUUUGUGGAUUUUAACCAAAAAAACAAAAGUAAGGGCAAAAGACAUUUGGUC